AUGAAACCAGAAGGUAAACAGCUGAAGGUAAACUUUGAUGCAGCAUUAAAAGAGUCUACAAAGAAGCUGGGCCUUGGGGUGAUCAUAAGCGAUUGUAGAGGGGAAGUUUUUGCUGCAGCAAGUUUAAGAAGAACAUUGAGCUAUGGGGCCUAUGGGGCUGAAUGCACUGCUUUGUGGGAAGCUAUGAUUCUAUGUGAAGAACUGGGAAUAGGCGAGGUCAUCUUUGAAGGUGAUGCAAAAAUUGUUAUAGAUGCAGUUAGUAGUGGGGAGAGAGAUGACUCUAGCCUUGGUCACCUGGUAGAGAACUUGCAGCAGAAACUGAAUUCACAUUCAAGGUGGAAGUUAGCUUUUAUCCAUAGGGAAGGAAAUGAAGUAGCCCAUCAAUUAGCUAAACUAGCUUUACAUGGGGAAAAUGAUAUGUACUGGGUAGAGGAAGGCCCUGAGGCCAUUACAAGUCAAUUGAGUAUAGACAAAAUGUAUACCGAACUUGUUACUAUAUGA